GCUUGGUGCCCCCUAGGAAAAUAUCCUAGAUCCGCUCUGCAGGCUCCCAUAGUCCCAUAACACCAUACAUGCAUGCAUAAAUUCUAUAUAUCCGGAGUCCCUGCUCUCUGUAACACCAAAAAAUAAAAAGAGAGAAACAAUAGAACAACUGUACUGUUGUAAUAUAAUUCAUUAGUUACUAUGGCAAUUAGCAUAACUUCAUCUUCCUCCGUAAUUGUGUUGGUGGUUAUGAUUAUGUGUUGCGAAGUUCUGUGCAGUCCCAACCCUCAAUGUGACCCUGAUUAUCCAGAUGAAGGGCCUCCAAUAUAUGAAAGAGAUGUAGAACUCUUGCAGUUUGCAGAAAAUCUGGAACACCUGGAGGCUGAUUAUUUUCUGUGGGGUGCUUUUGGCUAUGGUCUAGACAAAUUUGCACCAGAUUUAGUUGGUGGAGGCCCUCCUCCCAUCGGUGCUCAGAGAGCGAAUCUUGACAAUCAAACUCAGAGUAUUAUCGGUGAAUUUGGACUCCAAGAGGUUGGCCAUUUAAGGGCUUUGAAGAGCACAGUUGGAGGGUUUCCUAGGCCUCUACUGGAUUUAAGUAAAUCGAACUUUGCAAAGAUAAUGGACAGUGCAUUCGGACGUAAACUCGACCCGCCAUUCGACCCCUACGCAAAUAGCAUCAAUUAUUUGCUUGCUUCUUAUGUGGUGCCGUACGUUGGACUCAAUGGUUACAAAGGUUCAAAUCGUUUUAUCAGGGGAUAUGUAUCCAAAGAUCUUUUGUCAGGACUGUUGGGAGUUGAAGCCGGCCAAGAUGCUGUAAUUCGCCAUCAUCUCUACGAGCGUGGGGAACAGCUUGUGCACCCCUACAACAUUACUGUAACAGAAUUUACCAACAGGAUUUCAGAAUUAAGGAAUAAUUUGGGAAUGUGUGGUAUCAAAGAUGAAGGUGUAUUUGUGCCACCGGAACUGGGAGCAGAAAUGCGUACCUCUAGCAAUGUUUUAUCUGCAGAUCGUAACUCUCUGUCUUACCCAAGAACUCCGAAAGAGAUACUGAGAAUCGUGUAUGGCACUGGCAAUGAGAGUGUUCCGGGCGGAUUUUUUCCUCGGGGAGCAAAUGGCAAAAUCGCAUUGCAGUAUCUCAAACAUCAGGAUUGAAUUGUAUGCUAUUAAUAGUCUGAAAAUAAGUUGGCAGUCUUUAAUAUUUGAAUUUUAAACAAAAGAAGUUCGUAUGGUA